GACCUGCCUGUGAACCCCGGAGAGGUCAGCGAGGCGGGCGCGGGGAGAGCAUAAAGGGAGCAGACGAAAGCGCGGGCUGGCAGCUGCGUGUAAGAGGCAUCGCUAGUUUGGCGAACAGGAGCGCACGGAGGUGGCCAGGUUUCCUCCGGAUUCCCCAGACUAGGAGCCAAGAAAGGGGGCGGGGAACAGCUGGAGAGGUGAUCCGGGGCGAGACCGCGGUCCGGAGAAGCGAUUCCCUACAAGGAUCCUUCAACUCUCACGUCACGCUGGGGAUCUUUGAAAGAAUCCUUUCCUUUUCAAAGUCCUGAAGCUGCGCCCAGUUCUGUUGGAACAUUUGGGAGCUCUCCGUUUUUUUAACACCCCCGGAGCGCUAACAUUGCUUCGUUUGCCCGACUCCCUCUUGGGAGGGAGAAAGAAAAGGGAAAUCUUGCGGCCCCCCCCCCAAAAAAAAGUGUGUGCUGGUUUUGAAGCGACUUAGGAAAGACCGCGCGGCGUUUUGGAGAGGUGAGCAAAACGCACCGGCUUUUGCGCGCAGGGCUGCCUGUUCUGGGACGGGGGCAGCCGAAGAGGAGAACCACCUGAGGUGCUGGAGGUGGGGGCAGCGCAGCCUCCCCUCUGUGAAAGGGCUCGAUCCACCACUGCUCGUUCCUUGCAGGGCAAGCAAAGCGUCUGCAUGGAGAAAACCGCGAGCGCCGGAGCUGCCCCGGCGGAGGAGCCGGCGGCGCCGGGAAAGGAGGGCGCCGGUGGCGACGCCGAAGCCCUGCCGAAGCCGCCUUACUCGUACGUGGCCCUGAUCGCCAUGGCCCUGCAAGACAGCCCCGAGCAGCGCCUGCCCCUGAGCGGCAUCUACCGCUCCAUCGCGCAGCGCUUCCCUUACUACCGGCUGAGCCAAAAGGGCUGGCAGAACAGCGUGCGCCACAACCUCAGCCUCAACGAGUGUUUCCUGAAGGUGCCGCGGCGCGAGGGAGCGGGGCGCCGCGGCAACGACUGGGUGCUGGAUCCGGCCUUCCGGGGCAUGUUCGAGCAGGGCAACUACCGCCGCCGGAGGCGCAUCAGGAGACCCGCGCUGGGGGUCCCCUCCGAGGCGCCUCCGCCUCCGCCUCCGCCUGCGGCUUGCUUGCCCUACUCGGAGCCGCCGCCGCCGCCGCCUGCUCCCUUCUACCUGCCUUAUCAUCAUCAUCACCACCACCCGAGUUCUCCUCCGGCUGCCUACCUGUUGUCUGCGCCGGCGGUGGGGCAGCAGCGCCAGCCUUAUCCAUUCAGCAGCUGCAGCCCCCCAGGGAUGGGGCCCAUCGGCGGCUAUGGACCACCACCCUGCUCCAGGUUCCUGCUCCCAGACGGGGCUGCUGCGCAGCAGGCAUCCAGCCCCCUCUCCUCCGCCUCCUCGUCCUCCUGUGGGGCAGGAUCUUUCGCCUCCUUCCGUCACUCCCCCCAAGUGUCGUUCUUGCAGUGCUGGAAUUGGCGGGACGCAGCCUGCACCGGGAUGGACCUUUGAUUCUCCCGCCUACCCCCGAGAAGCCAACGGGG